AUGUCCAUCCAACGAGCCCUACGACCGGCCGCCCGGCACAUCCUGCGCGCCCGCCCCGUCGUCGCCACCGCCGUGCCGGCACGAUGGCAGCACAACAGCGGCCCAUUUGAUCCCGUGGCAAGCCACGAGAUGGGCGUGGGCGAGCUCGAGGGCGCCAAGUUCAGGAUCGAGCCCCUGCGGCGCACAGGCGAGGACCCAGAGACCACGCGCGCCAGGUUAACCUACCAGUCCCGCAAGCGCGGCACCCUCGAGUCCGACCUCCUCCUCAGCACCUUCGCGGCCACCUACCUGCCGCGCAUGACGCCCGCGCAGAUGGAGCAGUACGACCGGUUCCUGGACGAGAACGACUGGGACAUCUACUACUGGGCGACGCAGACGGAGGACCAAACCGCCGCCGCCAACACCCCGGCCGCCGGCCUGCAGAACUCGGAGCCGUACCUCAGCGACCAGGGCGCGAACGACGGCGGCGUCCAGCGGGACGGCACGAACAAGGAGAAGAUGGAGCCCGCCAGCCCGGCCAAGGGCGAGUGGGCGCAGACGAUCGGCACGUUCAAGCCCGCGUUUAGGCCCGUGCCGGCGCGGUGGCGCGGCAGCGAGGUCCUGGACCUGCUGCGGCGGCACGUCAAGGAGAGGAGCGCGGCGGGCGUGCUGGGCAACAAUGACAGGGAUAAGGCCGAGGGCAUGGCGUUCAUGCCGCCGUUGGGGGAGAGGAAGUGA